AUGUCCUCGGACAGGCUAAAGGCCUUGCGCGAACUCUCGUCCCUCCUGAAGGAUAAGCAGGAGGUGCCGCAGGGGUUGUGGGGCGCGGCUGGCGUGAAGGUUGGCGCGCGGCUGAAGGACGUGGAGAAGGAGAUUGUCGCCAUGAAGAAGAACGUGUCGAAGGACAUCAAGACGAAGAUUGAGGAGACGCAGCAGGUGAUGCUCGAGGAGGAGGCGAAGCGCCAGGGCGUCACCGUGGAAGAGCUGGUUGGGAAGAAGCAGGAGGAGCGCGAGUUCAACAUGCAGCUAAAGAAGACACGGCAGCGCGCCCGCGAGGAGGAUCGCGUCAAGAAGGAGACGCAGCGGCAGACGGACUUGGGCGAGCACGACAUGGCCGUCGACUACGUGUAG